GAGGAGGAGGGAUUUCAGAUUUGGAAAAAAGGAAAAAAAAGAAAAAAGAAAAAAGAGGAAGACCUAGAAUGCCAGAUUUGGGUUUUUGUAUUUUUUUUUUCCUUUUUUUAAGUUUAAUUUUUGUUUGAAAGUAGAAAUGAAUUUGCUUAAAGGUGGUUGUUGAAUUUCUUGGUUUUGGAAGUAUUUUUUGUGGAUUAAAUGCUCAAAAACAUGAUUCUGUAAUAUGUUUAUCUUCAUUCUUUCCUCCGUUCUUAGUGAAAAUUUUAUCAAUCAAAUUAUGAAAAAUCAAAACAAAUAUAGAAAUUUGCUUAAAGGACUACUGGAUCUGAAAAUUUGAUAACAAAUUAAGGGUAAAUAUAUGAUUUUAGCCAUCGUGACAUGGUUGGGUGGAUAAAUUUGUUGAUGUGUGCAGGUGACAUGACAAUUUUCAAUGGCUGGUGACGGAACACAUGAGGAAAUUUAAGGCGAAGCUUAGAAAGUGCAGGGAGUAUUUUGGUAUUUUCCUCGACUCUGCUUCCCCUUCAUGAGAAGAAUCUCAACUCCCAAGGAAUACCUCUGUGCCGUACGUGUGUCAGAAGUUUUGCAAAAUCAAGGGGUUCGGGUUGGAAAGCAAGGGUUAUGAGGCAGGGAGACUGCAGCACUGGUCUGGAUCUGCUUGAACCCCACCGCUACUUCCGUCUCUCAUCUCAUAUCUUGAUUUCGUUGUUUCCUCAGGUUCUAGGUCCCCAUCUGGUUAAGCUUCAUGUCUUCAAAGCGGAAUUUGAAGGAACUCGUGAAUCGGCAGAAGGAUCCAUCCACUCCACGCAGUGCGACUCGGCGAAACGUUCACCAGCGCUUCAGGCGAAAUGAUGGGGUGGUAGUCAAUGAAGCUGAUGAGGCAUUUCUGCAUGAUCAUAAAAAGUGUAUUGAGGAACAAGCUAUGCAGAAUAGGUUUAACUUGGACUGGGUUCUUCCAGGAUAUGGUUCUGCGUGUACUGCUGGGUGUCCUCAAUCUAAGGAAGAAAAGACUUAUUCUGACAGUUUCAACUUACCGGAGCCAGAAGAUUUGUCCAUGCCUGAGUUUUCAACCCAAAGGAAAUCUCCUCCUUGUUCUCCAAUACCUCUAUACCGGCCAUCAAUUCCAGUGGCAUGCAAUUCUGAGGAUGUUGAGUUUGUGCUGAAGCAAGAAAAUGAUCUUGACUGAAUGAUAAAGAGAAUUCUGAAUGUGACUUUUUCUUUCGGCUAAUGAAAUGUAGCUAAGAUAACUCAAUCUCGCAUUUUCUAUAUCCCAAGCAAGCGAGUAGUUGAAGGUGCUGUCCUUUUUGUAUUUAUUUUGGAACCUUAAUUAAAGUUGCAAAAACUUA